AUGACAGAAAGUAAUUUUUCGUUGAAGAAGAUAGAAAUUAGUGUUUCAGAAGCAGAAAAGCGAACUGGAAGAAAUGCCAUGAACAUGCAGGAAACAUAUACUGCUUACCUCAUUGAAACAAGGUCAGUUGAACAUAGUGAUGGUCAGAGUGUCCUAACAGACUCACUGUGGAGGCGGUGUAGUGCAUUUGAGUGGUUGAGAAACUACCUUUUAGUUUACUAUCCACAUAUUGUUGUGCCACCUCUACCAGAAAAAAGGGCAGAAUUCGUUUGGCAUAAACUCUCUGCUGACAACAUGGACCCGGAUUUUGUGGAAAGACGACGAAUUGGUUUAGAAAAUUUCCUCUUGAGACUUGCUUCACAUCCCAUCCUUUGUAGAGACAAAAUCUUCUAUUUGUUUUUAACACAGGAAGGCAACUGGAAAGAGACAGUAAAUGAAACUGGAUUUCAGCUGAAGGCAGACUCCAGGUUAAAAGCGCUUAAUGCAACAUUCAGAGUGAAAAACCCAGACAAGAGAUUUAUUGAACUAAAACACUAUAGUGAUGAACUCCAAUCUGUCAUCUCACAUCUCCUUCGAGUCAGAGCUAGAGUAGCAGAUCGACUAUAUGGUGUGUAUAAAGUACAUGGGAAUUACGGGCGAGUUUUCAGUGAGUGGAGUGCCAUAGAAAAAGAAAUGGGUGAUGGACUGCAGAGUGCUGGUCAUCAUAUGGAUGUAUAUGCAUCUUCUAUUGAUGAUAUUUUGGAAGAUGAAGAACAUUAUGCGGAUCAGUUAAAGGAGUAUCUUUUUUAUGCAGAAGCAUUGCGGGCUGUGUGCAGGAAACAUGAACUUAUGCAGUAUGACUUAGAGAUGGCUGCUCAGGACCUAGCAUCCAAGAAGCAGCAGUGUGAGGAACUGGCAACUGGGGGUGAGCUAUUUUCCAUUUGGGUCUGUGGUAUUAUUAUAACGAACCUUAAAACAUUUUCUUUGAAGGGAGUGACUACCCAGCUCUUCGGUCAAGAAACUCCAGAGCAGAGAGAAGCCAGAAUAAAGAUGCUAGAAGAACAAAUAAAGGAAGGAGAACAACAACUUAAGUCUAAAAAUCUGGAAGGCAGAGAGUUUGUCAAAAAUGCUUGGGCUGAUAUUGAACGCUUCAAAGAACAAAAGAACCAUGAUUUAAAGGAGGCCCUCAUCAGCUACGCAGUCAUGCAGAUCAGUAUGUGCAAAAAGGGAAUUCAAGUUUGGACCAAUGCUAAGGAAUGCUUUAGCAAGAUGUAA